UGACAGUAACAUGGCGGCGCCCACAACGAGGGCGCUAGAGGUGUUCCAGCGAGCGACAUGGAGCACUUUUAAGGCUGUCAAAACAUCAGCGGACGUGCAGCGGCACCCUGUCCCGCUUUUAGUGCCUGUGCGGACCAAGAAGCGCUACUUCGUCCCCCCGGCCGUGGGCCUGAAGAGCAAGCGGGAUCUCAACCCUGAGGCCAAGGCCCAAGCGGCUGGCGUCGUGUUCCGGCAGCAGUACAUGGAGAGGCCCAUCAACAUCGCCUGCACCGCGGGAAUCUUUGACCCCUACAUCCCUCCUGAGGGCGAUGCUCGUCUUUCCUCUAUGUCCAAAGAAGGCUUAAAGCAGCGCACCGAGCAGCUACGACAGAGCGCCUCCUCGCAGCUGGCAGUUCGGAAGAUCAAAGAGUUUGACUCGGCAUUCUCCUCCAAAGAUUUUGCUGAGCAAGCCCAGGAAAUCUUCAUCGAGGCUCACAACGCACUGUGCAUGUUCAGCAAAGAGAAGCUUCACUCACUGGUGACAGAGCGAUGUUAUCCGGAGAUGACGCGGGGUAACCGCUACAAGACCCUGCACUGGCGCUUGGUGGAGUCGCUGGAGGCGCCCCGCGUGGUACACGCCCGCAGCCCCGACAUGGUUGCAAAGGGCAACCUGUACGGCCAGGUGACGGUCCGCAUGCACUCUAGACAGACUCUGGCCAUCUAUGACCGGUUCGGACGGUUGAUGCUGGGCAGCGAAGAGCAGCCCAAGGAUGUGUUGGAGUAUUUGGUCAUGGAGCGGCACUUGGUGAACCCCUACGGACGCUGGCGACUCCACGGGAAGAUUGUGCCCUCCUGGGCCCCCGCCAAGGACCCCAUCAUUAAAACCGUCAUGAUUCCCAGUCCAAACCUAAAACCUGGUGAGGAAUUUGAUGUCCUCAACUACCAAGUUCCCAAAGCAGAGGCAGUGCAGUGGUCAAAAUGAGCCUCCAGGUGGUGCUGCUGCACCUUCCAGCCACAGUAGGACCUGUUCAAAUUCAAAUGUGACCACGUGUAGUUCGAGAGUCCACUUUUGGAGCACUUUUUGUUGUUAAAAUGUUGCAUUUUUUCCAAAUCAGACUCUGCUGUCUUUGCUAUUUUUGUCUAUUUUAACAAUUCAAAUGUCGUGUGUGUAAAGAAAAAGCUAAUAAAAGUGAUGUUCAGAAGUGGUAAGGACAAUUUCUUUGACUGCAUGAUGCAAGAUAAGGAAAAUGUCCCUAUCUGCCUGAGUUUUAGUGAGGUUGUGGUGCGGACCUCACUAAUAAAUACAUUUUCCCUGGGAUACACACACUUGCAAACAAUGGUGAACUUCCAGGCAUGUACUGCAAGUGUUGUAUAUGUAAUGUGUUUUUCCCUAUAGUGCAUGGUCGUUGAUGUAAUUAAGGGAAUUUUGUUUUGCUGAUUUUCUUUUCUUUGCUGAUGUACUCUUGCUCUCACGUUUUCUAAUUCUGAACAUGAAUUGCUUUAAUAAAAACAUACACA